AUGACAACAUGGCACGACAAGGACGGCGACAACAAAACGACGGAAGAAAGCCAAAGCGGAUGCGGAGCAAAUCUUCUCGAAUUAGGGCUCCCGGGAAGACUACAGGCACCUCUAGAUGUGCUGAUGGUCUAUUCGACGAGGAUAUGGACGUUCAAGACGGACUUCCGCCUUGUCAUGGUCCGAAGUUGCAUCCCUCUGCAGUCUGCACUCGCCAACGCAUCGAUCACCUGUAAAGAUAUGCUCGAUGACCACUUGGAACCAUAUUCGGGCCACUCUGAGAUCACGGCACAUGUUUUCAAGGUUGAGAUCGAGUCUGACCACUACGCUUUGAAGGUGUUUAUGCCGUACGAUAUUUCGUAUGACUACCACCAAUUUUACACUGCGGGUAUCCGCUGCACUGAAGAAGAGUUGGAAUGGCAUGUUAUGCCCUUUUACUCAGAAUGCCGCGCAUACAGUCGCAUCAAGCAGGCGCAAGACAGGCGAUUACUGCCGCAUCAAGUUGCAGUUCCAUGCCAUGGCUAUAUCCGCUUGGAGGAAAAAGACAUCCGAAAACUGGAGGAUGAGUGGAACCUUGAUUUCAGUGUUGAACAGGGCAACGCCUUAAAAGCACCAAUCCGUCCGAUCUGUGCCAUUGUUAAAGAUCUUGCAAGUGCAAGUUCCGGGGUCAAUGCCAAAAGCUUGUUGCGCAAACUACGAGAUUUAUCAUCUUUACACUCGAUCGGGAUAUUUGUCCGUGACAUCAAGUGGAUGUCACAGGUCCGGCUUUGGUGGGCGGUCAGCGGAUUACCCCGCAGAUUACCGCCGAUUACCCGCUUGCCCUUGACAUCACCUCUGCCGGGUUGA